UAUCGAAUCUAAUCUUCACCGAAGCAUCCAAGAUGACCGACUGGAAGACAGGUUUUCUGUGUCUUAUGACACGCCCUCGGGAACCAUUAUUCUAUCCCAAGUACGGAGGCCAAACGUACAUGGCCCUACCUGAGCACUUCCUAACCGAUCGCUACCGCCCACUGGCACCGAUGAUCUCUAAACGUUUUGGAUCUGCACCCAAUCACGUCGUGGUGAAAUCGAUAGAUCCUCCGGACUUUACCUAUGCUCUAGAAAUUCCCCGAAACGGUAACUACAAUACAUUCAGCCCGAAGCAUCGGAACAUUUCCGGUAAACUAGUGCAGGAUUUCAUGAAUGCACCGGAUCCGGAAAUACUACUCUCAAUGGCUUCGUAUGCCCGAGAUCGGCUGAACCCGUUGCUGUUUCAGUAUGCGUUGACCGUUGCUUUGCUCCAUCGGAAAGACACGCACGAUGUGCCGGUCCUAUCAUUGUUGGAAAUGUUCCCGAAGCGAUUCGUUGAUCCAUUAUUGUUCCCACAAUUGGAGGAGGAAGGAUUCGUGGUCGAUCAACCGCAGCGAGUGGCAAUCGAAAUCCCCAUGGUGUACUCGGCAUCGGAGGAACUAUUAGAGCAACGACUGGCUUAUUUCCGAGAAGAUCUUGGAAUCAAUCUCCACCAUUGGCAUUGGCACAUAACCUAUCCGGUGGAAGGACCAAUUGAAAUUGUACGAAAGGACAGACGAGGUGAAUUGUUCUACUACAUGCAUCGCCAAAUAUUAGUGCGCUAUAUUGCUGAAAGAUUUUGCCAUCACAUGCCACCACCUACAUCACUGGACAAUCUGCGAGAACCGAUCCCAGAGGCAUAUUUUCCGAAGCUUCUGAACAGUGCCUUGAACAGAACGUUUGCAGGCAGGGCAGAAAAUGCUGUGAUAACACACGUUAAUAGACCAAAUGAUGAAGAUUCCGUUGCAACCGUCUUGGAGAUCGAAAACUGGGUGAAUCGAUUUAAGGAAGCAGUCACCAACGGUUAUGUACUUGCAGAAGACGGCAAACAUGUUCCUCUGGAUGAUGCAACUGGAAUCGAUCUGCUUGGAAACGUUAUGGAAAAUUCACUGUUGUCACCAAACAUUCCGUAUUACGGCAACAUCCAUUCAAUGCUACACUCUAUAAUUGGCUUUGUUCAUGAUCCGGACAACCUUUAUCUUGAAGGAACAGGCGUGAUAGGCGAUAUUGCUACUUCCAUACGCGAUCCAAUUUUCUAUCGACUUCAUACGUUUGUUGACGAUCUGUUUGAGGAUUACCUGAAGAAAUUGGCUCCGUACACCUCUAAGCAGCUUGGCUACCCUGGUGUAACCAUCGAAGAUGUAUCAGUGCAAGUCUCCAACGGAAAAGCUGCCGUAAAUCGUUUACUUACAUUCUGGCAGCGGUCUCAAGUCGACCUUGGAGUUGGAUUAGAUUUUGGUCCAACGGGAAAUGUUCUAGCAACGUUCACACACUUGCAACAUGCACCAUUUGUCUACAGGAUAAACGUUAUGAACGAUUCACAGAAAGUACGGAGAGGAACGGUUCGAAUUUUCCUUGCUCCAAUUUACAACGGAUCUGGUAAAGCUAUUCAGUUCAAUCAACAACGUCGCUACGUCAUUGAGCUGGAUAAGUUCACCGCAACUUUGACCCCUGGUAUAAAUAAUAUUGUCCGUCGCUCAGACGAAUCCAGCGUUACGAUUCCAUUCGAGAGAGCCUUCCGCCGUCAGGAUAUUGCCACGAUGCCUGGCACAGAAAGUUUUCGUUUCUGCAACUGCGGAUGGCCUGAUCAUAUGCUCAUUCCUCAAGGAUCGCCCCAUGGAAUGCCUUAUGACCUGUUUGUUAUGGUGUCCGACUACAGACAGGAUGCUGUGAAUGUGAAUUUUGAUGAACACGUAGACUGCAACGAUUCUCAUUCCUACUGUGGUCUGCGAGACCAAUUUUAUCCGGAUCGUCGGACGAUGGGAUUCCCAUUUGACAGGGUGGUACCGAAAGAGAUAAAUCACAUGGAAGAUUUUGCUCGGUCCUUCUCCAACAUGAAGAGAACGGUUGUCGAAAUUCGUUUCACUAAUACAACGAUUUCCAAGGUUUGAAUUUCAGUUCGGUGGAGUUAUGGAAACAUG